AUGACGACUCCACCAUCAACUCCACAAUAUUCUCUUAGACCGGUACAGACUCGGUCCCAGCCGCCAUCGACCUUGCCAUCACCCCCAACCACCCCAUCAUCUGGAACGAUGAACCCAAUGUCUCCGGUCCGGCCUGCUAUCUCCCUCCAUCAACCAACCAGCAAGAAAGGUUCGUCAAAGCACAAUAAGAUCUUCCGCCGUGUACGGGCUGUUUUCCGGUCAUUCCCUAUCAUUGCUCCGGCAUGCAAGAUCCCUGUCUCUCUCCAUGGAAACCGCCUCCAUGACGGGUAUCUCCAUGGUGGCAUCCGCAUGACCGGGACCCUAUUUGGGCACCGGAAAGCUAGGGUUAACCUUGCUAUCCAAGAGAGCCCUGGGUCCUUACCUAUUUUAUUGCUUGAACUCACAAUUCCCACAGGAAAACUCCUUCAAGAUAUGGGAGUGGGACUUGUUAGAAUUGCCUUGGAAUGCGAAAAGAAGCCCAAUGAUAAGACCAAGAUUGAAGAUGAGCCGAUAUGGACAUUGUUUUGUAAUGGUAGAAAGUCAGGUUAUGCGGUCAAGAGAGAGCCAACUGAUGACGAUUUGAAUGUGAUGCAAAUCUUGCAUGUGAUUUCAAUGGGGGCUGGUGUAAUUCCUACAGGAGAUGGAGCAGAUCAGCCCGCAGAUGGAGAAUUAACGUACAUGCGGGCAUUCUUUGAACGUGUAGCAGGUUCUAAAGACUCAGAGACCUAUUAUAUGUUGAAUCCUGAUGGAAACAAUGGACCAGAACUAAGCUUAUUCUUUGCUUUAGUUGGGCUGAAAGUUGGUUUAUAUGAGCCCAUUUCAUUUUAUUCUAACACUAGAGGGUUUAAGACUCCAGAACCGCGGCUCCUGUGCUGCCCAUGGGGUUUAUCAUGUGGUCUCUCCGUCGAGCCUUUUCACUCUCUGUCAGGUGGGUCUUGGCCUGGGUCUUUUAGAGUGAUCACUGCUAAAUCGGAUCAAGUUUGUCAAUUUGCGAGUGAUAGAGCUGGUAUAAGUACUCUUGAAAAUGUGUUUUUGGGGAGAUUCAGUUUGUCUAAUGAGCUUCGCCAUAGGCCAGGUGUUAGUGCAAAACUAUUUGUGGGAAGUUGUGGUUACUGUUCUCAGGCUGUUCCGGGAAGUGGCGUUGAGAGUGGUGAAAUCAGAGGUGGGUUUUUGGAGUUUGAGACAGGUGGUAUGGAUGAGAUAAUUGAAGAGAGUGAUGCAAAGGAAGUGGAUGAGGGGUCUGGUAAGGAAAAGGCAGCUUUAGAGUUGGUAAAUACAAUUAAGGGAGCUCCAAAUGUUUCUGAUUUUCUUAAUAAGCUUACCGAGGAGGGCAAGGAGUUGAGUCGAGAGGAGAUUUCUUUGAUUGUGGGUCAUCUUCGGAAAAAGCAGUUAUAUUGGAGGGCAUUAGAGUUACUCUGUCUUGAUCUUUUUCUUCUGUUAAGUUUUGCAUUUUGUGAGCCUGCAUGCAUUUAG